CCUACGUGACUACGUCUCAUUCAACUCCAACGACCGCCACCGAGUCCCUUCCAAAUCCUAUGCCCGUUUCCUACUCCUAACUUCUAAAGCCUCCUCCUUUGACUUCAGCAUAGUCCUCCUCCUCCUCUUCUUCUUCUUCUUCUUCCCCUGUUUCCUCUGCUUCCUCCCCCUAAAAAUUUGACCUUGGCUCUUCCCUUUAUCUUAUUAGAGCUCCUCAUUAACCCACCCCAACGCAUUUCCACUUUUAUUUAUUCUCAACUGGUACUGCUCUUCUCUCUCCUCCCUCCCCUGCUCUAAAAAUCCCAUCUUGGGUUUUGCCUCGUUCUCAAAAUCUAGUUUUGGGCUUAAUUCUUUGUUGAUUUGAUCUCCUCGUAACCUUCUCCUCUCUCAAAAUCGAGUUUUGGGUUUGAUCCCUUGGGACAUCGUAACCCAUGUCCCCGAUCCCUCUCUAGUCCCCUGUUUCGCUAUGGCCGCCAACCUCGGCCUCUUCUCCGAUCCAUCUCCGCCGCCGCCCAUCUCCGGCCACGUCCCCUCCUCCCGCCGCCGCCCCUCCCAUGACCGCAUCUCCUUCGCCCCCGACUCCUCCCACUCCGCCUCCUCCCCCUCUGCCCUGGGCGUUCCCGCGCGCCACGGCUCGCGCGCGGAGUCGGAGCGCCUCGCCGCGUCCCAGCGCGACCUCCCCGACGAGGACGCGCGCCUCGUCGUCGUCGGCGACGCGCCCGGCACCGCCGAGGCCGCGGCGCGCCUGGGCCUCGGCGUCGGCCCCGCGGGCAACGCCGUGCGCACCGGCAAGUACUCGGUGCUCUCCUUCCUCCCCCGCAACCUGUUCGAGCAGUUCCGGCGCGUCGCCUACGUCUACUUCCUCGUCAUCGCCGUCCUCAACCAGCUCCCCCAGCUCGCCGUCUUCGGCCGCGGCGCCUCCCUCCUCCCCCUCGCCUUCGUCCUCUUCGUCACCGCCCUCAAGGACGCCUACGAGGACUUCCGCCGCCACCGCUCCGACCGCCUCGAGAACAACCGCUCCUCCCUCGUCCUCGGCCCCUCCCCCCUCCCCCGCUUCCUCCCCAAACCCUGGAAGCGCAUCCGCGUCGGCGACGUCGUCAAGCUCCUCGCCGACGACCCCGCCCCCGCCGACAUGGUCCUCCUCUCCACCUCCGACCCCACCGGCGUCGCCUACGUCCGGACCACCAACCUCGACGGCGAGUCCAACCUCAAGAGCCGCUACGCCAAGCAGGAGACUCUGGCGCGCACCCCCGAGGACGGCUUCGCCGGAGUGAUCCGCUGCGAGCGCCCCAACCGCAACAUCUACGGAUUCCACGCCAAUUUGGAGCUCCGCGGCGGGCGCCGCGUCUCGCUCGGCCCCUCCAACAUCGUCCUCCGCGGCUGCGAGCUCAAGAACACCGCGUGGGCCGUCGGCGUGGUCGUCUACGCAGGUAAAGACACUAAGGUCAUGCUCAACAGCUCGGGCGCUCCCUCGAAGAGGAGCCGGCUCGAGACCCGGAUGAAUCGAGAGACGCUUUUUCUCUCCGUGUUCUUGCUCGCAAUGUGUUUGAUAGUAUGCACCUUGAACGGGAUCUGGCUGGUGGUCCAUCAGAAUGAAUUGGAGCUCAUGCAGUUCUUUAGGAAGAGAGAUUACUCGGGCGGCGACGAGAAGAACUAUAACUAUUACGGGAUUGCGAUGACGGUGUUCAUCAUUUUCCUCAUGGCGGUUAUUGUGUUUCAGAUUAUGAUCCCCAUCUCGCUUUAUAUAUCGAUGGAGCUGGUGCGGCUGGGGCAGGCGUACUUCAUGACCAGGGACACGAAUUUGUAUGAUGAGAGCUCGAAUUUGAGGUUCCAGUGCAGGGCUUUGAAUAUAAACGAGGAUCUAGGGCAGAUUAAGUACAUAUUCUCAGACAAAACUGGGACUUUGACGGAGAACAAGAUGGAAUUCCAGUGUGCGACUGUCGGAGGUGUUGAUUACAGUGGCGGGAAAGCUCCUUCGCCGAUUGAAACCGGUUUUUAUUCCAUUGUAGUGGGUGAUCAGUUUUGGAGGCCGAAGAUGUUGGUUAAGACUGAUCCUGAGCUUGCGAAGUUGUUGAGAAAUGGCGGGGAAACAGAGGAAGGGAAGUGCGCACGCGAAUUCUUUCUUGCUCUGGCAGCUUGUAAUACUAUUGUGCCUCUUAUUCUUGAGACUCCGGAUCCUAAACAGAAGUUGAUUGAUUACCAGGGUGAAUCUCCAGAUGAGCAGGCUUUGGUUUACGCUGCUGCUGCUUAUGGCUUUGUCCUCGUUGAACGGACCUCUGGGUACAUCGUGAUCGAUGUUCUUGGGGAUAGACAGAGAUUCGAUGUAUUAGGCCUUCAUGAGUUUGAUAGUGACCGUAAGCGGAUGUCGGUUAUAAUCGGCUGUCCCGAUAAGACAGUCAAGCUAUACGUGAAGGGCGCAGACAAUUCAAUGUUCGGAGUGAUUGAUAAGUCAAUAAACUUGGACAUUAUUCGUGCAACUGAGACCCAUCUCCAUAACUAUUCAUCAUUGGGUCUAAGAACAUUGGUUGUUGGCACGCGGAAAUUGAGUAGAACAGAGUUCGAGGAGUGGCAAUCAGCAUAUGAAAAAGCUAGUACAGCUUUACUUGGGAGAGCAGGGCUUCUACGAACUGUUGCUACUGAUAUAGAGCGCAAUCUCCAUAUAUUGGGAGCUACAGGGAUUGAAGAUAAGCUACAAAAAGGAGUGCCUGAAGCAAUAGAAUCUCUGAGGCAAGCUGGGAUAAAGGUUUGGGUUUUAACAGGAGAUAAGCAGGAAACCGCUAUCUCUAUUGGGUAUUCUUGUAAACUCCUAACGAGAGAGAUGACCCAAAUCAUAAUAAACAGCUACUCGAGGGAGGCCUGUCGAAAAAGUCUAGAAGAUGCUAUGGCCAUGUGUAACAAACUCACGGAGUUAUCUCCCAUGGCACAGAGUUCUACAACAGCUGCAGGAUCCGGUAGGAUACGUCUUGCUUUGAUCAUUGAUGGUAACAGCCUUGUCUAUAUUCUUGAGACAGAUCUACAGGAAGAGUUGUUCGGAAUAGCCUCAAAAUGUGAUGUUGUCUUAUGUUGCCGAGUUGCUCCACUACAGAAGGCAGGAAUAGUUGCACUUGUAAAGCACCGAACAGAUGAUAUGACUCUUGCUAUUGGAGAUGGUGCAAAUGAUGUCUCAAUGAUUCAAAUGGCUGAUGUUGGGAUUGGUAUCAGUGGUCAGGAGGGACGACAAGCAGUUAUGGCCUCCGAUUUCUCUAUGGGGCAGUUCAGAUUCUUAGUGCCCCUUUUAUUAGUCCAUGGUCAUUGGAAUUACCAACGGAUGGGCUACAUGAUCUUAUACAAUUUUUAUAAAAAUGCUGCAUUUGUCCUUGUGCUCUUCUGGUACACAUUCUAUACAGCUUUUACAUUGACAACUGCUAUCACUGAAUGGAGUAGUUUGUUGUACUCUGUGCUCUACACAGCAUUCCCAACAAUUGUCGUUGGGAUUCUCGAUAAGGAUCUCAGCAGGAGGACGCUUGUGAGGUACCCUCGGCUCUACGGGGCUGGGCAAAGAGAAGAAAAAUACAACCUAAAAUUGUUCAUCAUCUGCCUGAUAGAAUCAGUUUGGCAGAGUUUAGCUAUUUUCUACGUCCCUUAUUUCGUGUACAGACAUAGUACUAUAGAUGGGUCUGGUCUUGGUGACAUAUGGGCCCUUGCAGCGGUCAUUGUGGUAAAUAUUCACUUAGCCAUGGAUGUUGCUCGGUGGAAUUGGAUGACACAUGCAAUAAUAUGGGGAAGUAUACUCGCAACAGCCAUUUGUGUCAUGGUCAUAGACUCCAUUUGGUUUCUAUCUGGCUACUGGGCUAUCUUUCACGUAAUGGGAACAACUUUGUUCUGGGCAUGCUUACUCUGUACCAUAGUAGUCGGAAUUAUCCCGCAUUUCAUAUUAAAAGCUUUCAUCGACUACUUCAUGCCCAGCGACAUUCAAAUUGCCAGAGAAAUGGAAAAGUUUGGGCAUUUAAAUCAAGCUAUGCGCUCAGAAAUUCGAAUGAGAACAUUUUCACAGUCCUAGCAAAAUUAUACGGUGAUUUUUUUUUUUUCCUCUAUCGUGUUUCUUCCUUUCUUUUUUUUUGAUCUUUGCUAUUUCGUGUGUAUAGUAGUCCUAUUCUUUCAGCUUUGAGUCAGGUAUCUCGCCGCUUGCAAGCUUGUGUCAUAGGAAAAGAAACAGGUUUGGAAAUCUAACAUAUUCUUUUGCUGAAUCAAAUGCGAUAUAGUGCUUAUAAAGUAUCUUCAUCCUCUCACUGUCA